AUGGACGAACAGGAAUUCGUUGCGCUCUUGCAGGCGCUUUUGGAGCCAGACACCCAAAAGGUGAAGGCGGCCACCARCCAACUGAAUAAGACAUACUACAACUCCCCCGCGUCUGUCAGUGCCCUGAUACACAUCAUCAUCAACCACCCUGAGGCACCACUCCGCCAGCUCGCAGCCGUCGAGGCCCGCAAGCUUGUCCACAAGCACUGGGCGGCUGUUCCCGACGAGCAGAAGCCGCAGCUUCGCGAGCAGCUGCUCAAGUCCACCAUCGACGAGGAGAAGCAGCUCGCACGCCACAGCAAGGCCCGCGUCAUUGCAUCCAUUGCCAAGGUUGAUCUCGAUGAGGGCAAAUGGCAGGAGCUGCCUGGCAUUCUGCAGCAGGCUGCCACGAGUGAGACCGCUCACCACCGUGAGGUCGGCAUCUACAUCAUCUACACAUUGCUUGAAACCAUGCCCGACAUGUUCCAGGAGACUAUGGGCGACAUGCUAGCCCUGUUCAACCGCACAAUCCAAGACCCACAGUCUGUCGAGGUCCGCAUCAACACCAUGCUGGCUUUAUCCGAGCUGGCCAUGGUCCUGGACACAGAAGAGGAUGCCAACAGCUUGAAGAGCUUCCAGAGCACUAUCCCACACAUGGUCAAGGUUUUGGAAACUGCUAUUGCUGGCGAGGAUGAGGAGAACACUAUGCUGGCUUUCGAUGUCUUCAACAAGCUGUUGAGCUACGAGAGCGCCUUCCUCAAUGCUCACUUCGCCGACCUACUGCAGUUCUUUAUGCAGGUCGCGGCCAAGUCUGACAUCGACGAUGACGCGAGAUCGCAGGCCCUCAGUUUCCUCAUGCAGGCCGUGCGGUACCGCAAGCUCAAGGUUCAGAGCUUAAAGGUCGGCGAGACCAUGACCAAGAUGUGUCUCCAGGUUGCUACUGAGCUCGACGAGCUACCCUCCGAGGAGGAUGAUAUGUCUCCAGCGAGAUCUGCACUGGGCUUGUUGGACAUUCUCAGCGAGAGCCUGCCGCCCAGCCAAGUGGCCGUGCCGCUUCUCAAGGCCAUUGGACCAUACGUCCAGGACAGCCGACCCGAGUACCGCAGAGCUGGUAUCCUUGCCCUCGGCAUGUGUGUCGAAGGUGCGCCAGACUUCAUUGCCACUCAACUGAAGGAGAUCCUGCCACUUGUUCUGCAUCUCCUCGAGGAUUCCGCUAUCAGUGUGCGAAGCGCUGCACUCAACGGCGUCACGCGCCUCUCGGACGAUCUUGCUGAAGAUAUGGGCAAAGAGCACGCGAGACUGAUCCCUGCUCUCAUUCGCAACUUCGACCUGGCCGGACAGGGGAUGCGCAACUCGAAGGAGGGAUCCGAGGAGCAUGAGCUGAACACCCACAUCGUCAAAGCUAGUGCCAUGGCCGUUGAUUCUCUGAUCGAGGGUCUUGAGCCCGAGAGCGCUGCUCUCUACGUGAACGAGCUCAUGCCCCGCUUCAGCACCUACAUCGACCAUGACGACUACAAGGUGCAGAUGGCCGUGGUCAGCGCUGUUGGUAGCAUCGCCAGCGCAUCCGAGAGUGCUUUCAAGCCUUUCUUCGAGGAGACCAUGCGAAGCCUCGGCAAGUUUAUCGAGAUCAAGGAUGGCGAGGACCAGCUUGAGCUCCGCAGCAUGGUCAUCGAUUCUCUUGGGAAAAUCGCCAGCGCCGUUGGUCCCGAGGACUUCCAGCCAUUUGUCACACCUCUCAUGCGUGCCAGUGAGGAGGGCUUGCAUUUGGACCACCAGAGGCUAAAGGAGACCAGCUUCAUCCUCUGGAGCACGCUCGCCCGAGUAUACGAGGAAAACUUUGAAUCGUUCUUGGAAGGUACUGUCAAGUCUCUGUUCGAGUGCCUUGAUCAGGAAGAGACCGAUUCAGAAGUACAACUUGGUGCUGAGGCAUCUGAUCUUGUUGGACAGGAAAUCACCAUUGCCGGCAAGAAGAUCAAGGUUGCUGGCGCCGGUGGCGUUAACGAGGAUGAUAUCGCUGAGGACGACAUUGUCAAGGCAUUGAUGGAGUCUGCCGACGAUGACGACGAUGACUGGGAUGAUCUCGGUGCUGUGACUGCUGUGGCCAUGGAGAAGGAGAUUGCCGUCGAGGUCAUCGGAGACAUCAUGACCCACACCAAGGGCAAGUACAUGCCAUAUAUGCAGAAGACGAUCGAGACCGUGCUCCCACUUCUCGAUCACAGCUUCGAAGGUGUGAGGAAGAGCGCCAUAAGCACAACAUGGCGCGCCUACGCCUGCCUCUUCGGAUUGGCGGAGGACAAUGGCAUGGCCAAGUGGCAGCCAKGUUUCCCCGUCAAGGUCAAGCCAACCGCUGACCUGGAGAAAUUGGGCGAUCUCGUCAUGAAGGGCACCCUCGCCCUGUGGGAGGAAGAGGUUGACCGCGCUACCGUUACCGAGAUCAACCGCAACAUGGCUGCCACUCUCAAGCUCUGCGGCCCUGCGGUGCUUACCCCUGUGGGAGGCCAGACUUCGACCCCGCUUGAACAGACCACCGCACACAUUCUGCUCAUUCUGCAGCGCCAGCAUCCUUGCCAGAAGGAUGAGGACGACUACGAUGAGCCUGCUGCCGUGGAGGGGGAGUCGGCUGAGUAUGACUGGUUGGUUGUUGAGACCGCCAUGGAGGUCGUCGCUGCCCUCGCCACUGCUCUAGGAGAGCAAUUCGGCGAGCUAUGGAAGAUCUUUGAGCCUCUGAUCUUCAAGUACUGUUCGUCCCAGGAACGCUUUGAGCGCUCUGCUGCUGUCGGCACCAUGGCAGACUGUAUCGAGGCCAUGGGUGCAGGCUGCACUCCAUACACGGAGCGCAUCUUGAGCCUUUUGGGCAAGCGAUUGGGCGACGAAGACCCAGAGACCAAGAGCAACGCUGCUUUCGGCAUGGGCCUCUUGUGUGCAAACAGCAACGACGGCAAGACGAUCCUGCCUAAAUACAACUCCAUCCUCAGCAUGUUGGAGCCGCUCCUGCAGACCGCCAAGGCGGAUGCCAGCGAGGGCGAGGCUCGUCUGCUCGACAACGCCGCUGGCUGCGUUAGCCGCAUGAUCAAGAAGUCUCCCGACAGUGUUCCGCUCGAGCAGGUUCUCCCACGCCUUGCUGAGCUUCUGCCAUUGAGGGAGGACUUCCGCGAGAACGAGCCAGUGUUUGACAUGAUCAUCAGCCUUUACCAGGCUCAGAACUCGGUGAUUCAAGGUCUGACACAGCAACUCAUGCCUGUGUUCGAAAAGGUGUUGGCGCCGCCAGAGGAGCAGCUCAGCGAUGAGACCCGAGGCAAGCUGACAGAGCUUGUGCAGUACCUCCGUGGUUGA